AUGUUUGCUCGCACCGGUGUUGCCAGCAUGCGAAGGGUGUUAGCGGCCAAGCCCGCUUUCACUAGCUGGAGAUCGUUAUUCAUCCAGACGUUGGAAACCCCCAACGAGAAUGCCCUCAAGUUUCUCCCCUCGACCAAGAUCCUCGGCGACGGCCAGACCAAGGAGUUUCUCAGCGGCCGCGAGGCGGCGUGCCUGCCACUUGCCGUGAAGCUUUUCACCGUCGACGGCGUCCGCCUGGUGAUGUACGGGCCCGACUUUAUCACCGUGGAAAAGAAGCUGGGCGACUGGAACAUCUUGAAGCCCGAGAUCUUUGCCAUUUUGACCGAGUACUUGAAUAACGGCACUCCCAUCAUUUCUGAGGACGUCGACUUACAUGAAUUGGAGAUUAACGACGACGACGACGACGUGGUGGCGAUGAUUAAAGAGCUCAUCUUCACGCGGAUCCGCCCCGCCAUCCAAGACGACGGGGGCGAUAUCGAGUUUGUGGAGUUCAAAGAGGAUACCGGUACCGUCUACCUCCGGUUAAAGGGGGCCUGUCGCUCGUGUGACUCGCUGAGCGUCACCCUUAAGAACGGCAUCGAGCUGAUGCUUAAACACUAUAUUGAAGAGGUGGAGCUGGUGGAACCGAUUGAAGAGGAAGUGGAAGAAGAAGAGCCUGAGCCCCAGUUCGAAGCGGCCCAGCUUAACCCGGUGGCCCGUGGUCCCCCCGCAUUAUAA